AAGCAGCUUGUUUCUGUUGGUACGUGGCACGCAUGCAGUUUUUGCUACUUAGAAGUGUAGCUAUGUCUGCUUUCGCUGGUAUUUUUUGCACGUUAUGCGGACUCGUGUUUUGUUCACUUGCAUCUACAAUCAACCUACCGACAAACUGGCGGGAUUUUAUCGAUCCCGAAAUACUGGCCAAAGGCAACGACGACAGUCUUUACGACAGCGACCUGCUGGAAGGCGAUAUAACUGGGCUCGAAGCUCUGCAGGUGGCGCAUGGAGCUGCCAAUUCGAUUGAUAAGGCUGAUUCGUUCUGGCCUAACAACACCAUCCCGUACACAUUUACAAAGAAACGAUUUGCAACACUGACAACAAGAGAAAUUCGAAUUGUGCUGGAGUCGAUGGAUGUUAUCAGCCAUUUAACCGGGAACUGUGUUCGGUUCGUAGAGCGAACAGACGAAGAAGACUACAUUAAUUUUCAGAAAGGAUUGCAAUGCAUGUCAAAUAUUGGUCGAACCGGCGGUAAACAAACAGUGACAUAUGCAACAGGAUGCCUAAAGAAUCACGGUGACGUACAGCACGAACUCAUGCACACCAUGGGAUUCUUCCAUGAGCAUUCCCGAGCGGAUCGCGACCAGUAUGUCACUAUCAUUUGGGAUAACAUCGACGAAAGCGACAAAGAGCAGUUCGCCAAACACGAAUCGGGGAAUACAUUCGGAAUCCCGUACGACUAUGAAUCGAUCAUGCACUACAAGUAUAAUGCCUUCGCGAAAGACAGCAGCCUUCCGACGAUCGUUCCGAAAAUCAAACGCUCAAGAUUGGUCAGAACGUAAACCUGAGUCCGUUUGAUUUGGCCCGAAUUCAUCGGCGCUUCCGCUGUGCAAUAGCGGCAGCUAGCACUUUCCUACGCGGCCAUGGCAGUAUUUUAUUAGAAGGAGGACCAAAAAAAAGUACCGGUGCUACAAAGUUACCGGAAACAACUAAAGAGCCAGAAUCACAGGAAACUACAACAGAACUUUCGGAAACGACUAACGCGCCAGAGCAGUUCUCGGAAACGACACCAGAACUUUCGGAAACGACUAACGCGCCAGAGCAGUUCUCGGAAACGACACCAGAACUUCCGGAAACGACUAACGCGCCAGAAGAGUUACCGAAAACUACCGAGCUUUCGGAAAUAACUAAUGCGGCAGAGGUUUUACCGGAAACUACUAACAUGCCAGAGUUGCAGCUGGAAACUACUAGCGUACCAGAAGUACCGAAAGCUGACGAUGCUGAUGAGCCGUUUCCGACAUUUUCCAAUAUUCCAUUGGGGAGCGAUGAAUGCCAGGCUCAGUCUACAACGAACUGUAAACCGGAUUUUAGCUUUUUCAACAUCGAUUUGAAAACAUGUAAAUAUAGAGGGUUAGUGAUAAAAUGCACCUCUAUACCACCAAGCGCGUCUGAAAUAGCUGGAAUUACCGCAUCUAUGUCUCAACCUCCGCUUCGACCAAUUGAACUGUUUAUUGCGGACGGCCCAGUUCUCACACCAAAAAAUUUUGGGCUCAUCCAAAAACAAGUUGUCAUUUUUUAUUUAACAAAAUGCGAGAACUCCCGAUCACUUGGCCGCCUACCGAAGCUGCGGUUUACCAACUUGCUGGAACUGAGCCUAUCAGAGUGCAGCGAUCUGGACAUUAGAAAGGAUGAUUUGAGAUUCUCUCGUAAGUUACGCAUAUUAACUUUGGGAUCCGGAUUCUAUCCGUCAACGAUUCGUACGCUGGAAAAGGACACCUUCACCAAUUUACCAGACUUACGCUUAAUUUCUCUGGAAUACCAGUCAGAGCUGUAUCACGGGCAGCGCGACCACAUAAUCAGAUUGCACUGUGACUGUGCGUAUGCAUGGUAUCGGCGCUGGUGGCAAGAUAACACUGAACUCCUGCGCGAAGCGAAUUCGGGUGAUAUAUACUUACUGAGUGGGUCGUUUAUGAAUAAUCUGUACCGUCGGAAGGACGUGUAUUUACCGGUUGACUGCAGCUCACCCCCAUCCGGACUGUCGGGUAUCCGUUUUGAGCAGGAGGAGUACUCGGUGAAUGAACCGGACUGUCCUUGAUUCUGACUUCAUCAAAAAUCACUAUUAUUUCUAAUUAUAUACACAUGGUAAUAACUCCAUGUGGGUAAUGUUAAAAAUGCGCAUUAUUUGUCCGGGCUGCCUUUAAUUAAGUCUGACUCUAUAAGUCACUAACAUUUUAUACUAUAUAUACAUGGUAGUGACUCCAUGUGGGUAAUGUUACAGAUGCGCAUUAUUUGUCAGUUACAAGUAUUUUAUGAUAU